UGGUGGUCAGCUGACCAAGCCAGCAAGUUUGUGAGGCUCGGCAGUAGGUGUGGUUGAGCGGUGAGGGAUCAGCAGAGUUUGCAGUGUGCUUUUUUAGGACGUUAGAGGGAACACCUUGAAGUUGAAGAACAUUUCCAAGGUGACUCGGUGAAGAUGGAAAAGGUCCCUGAAAUUCCUGUAACUGACAGGCUACUGGAUCUCACCCUGGAGAUCAUCUACCUACUGACCGGAGAGGAAUACACCGUUGUGAAGAAGACAUUAAGCCAUCAUAAGAACUCCUGCAGUUGCUCUUAUGGGUCCCAAGGAUGGAACAGGAGCCAGGAAACUGCCAGGAAGCCUCCAACUCACACCCCAGUACCUGAGAGGAACAAGAUGAUCCUAGACAUCACCAAUGAGAUCAUUGAGCUGCUAACGAAAGAGGUUCCUAUAAGGUGUCAGGAUGUCACUGUCUAUUUCUCCAAGGAAGAGUGGGAUUAUUUAGAAGGCCAUUGGGAUGUCUACAAGCACGUCAUGGAGAACCGGACAGCCCUCACAUCACCAGAUGGAUCCAGUAAUGGGAACCCACCAGAGAGAUGUCCCAAACCUCUGAUUUCCCAAAAUUCCACUAAGGAACUUUCCAAGAUCCCGCAAGACUAUUCUGAUGGCAGCUUGAUUGUUGUUAAAGUAGAAGUUGAAGAGGAAGCAGAAGAACCAUAUAUUCGCUGUAAGGAGGAGGAAAUUCCUGCUGAGAUUGGCACAGGUGAGGUCUAUGCUAACAGAAACUUUAAGAAAGAGGACCAUCUUCUAGGAUCACAGAAUCUGGUAGACAAUGGACUGAUGAUGCCAAGCAAAGAGACUGUUGGAACAAAGUCUGAGUACAGCUCCCCAAGUGGAGAGGAGGACUUUGAGUCGGAUAUGGAAGAAGACACAAAGCCGGUGCACAAUGGAGAGGGCAGGUUCUCUUGCGGGGAAUGUGGCAAACACUUCCGUUACAAAGCUCAUCUAACCGUCCACCAAAGAAUCCAUACGGGAGAGCGCCCUUACGAGUGUCCAGAGUGUGGGAAAUGUUUCGCCACCAGUUCCCAGCUCACCAGCCACAAGACCUCCCACAGCGAGGAGAAACGCUACGAGUGCGCCGAAUGCGGCAAGCGCUUCCGGUGGAAAAGUCUUCUCGUCGUUCACGAGAGGCGCCACAGAGGAGAGAAGCCCUUCGAGUGUCGUCAGUGCGGGAAGGCCUUUGCCGGGAAGUCUAAUCUCCUUACUCAUGAGAGGAGCCACAUUGGGGAGAGACCCUUCACCUGUUCUGAGUGUGGGAAGUGCUUUGUGGCGAAACACACGCUGUCGCGCCAUAUGGUCAUCCACACGGGCGAGAAGCCCUUCACCUGUCCCGAAUGCGGCAGGCAGUUUAAGCUCAAGCAAACCCUGUGUAGUCAUCUACGCACUCACACAAGGACCCAACCCUCUGAGGGAGCAGACUAUAACAGUCGGAAGGUCAGUCCUUAUUGGGGAGGAUCCCUUGAAGAGCCUCAGGUCUGGCCUAAGUACCCAUAAAAAAAAAA